ACAAAAGUAUUUUCUGUGGAAUUUCCUUCCAAUGUUUUACUCCUUAACGAAACCUAACAUAAGUAACCGUGAAACUGCAUCAAAGCCUGUGCAAGAGUCUGCUUCUUUGCUGUUCUUCACCCACAAUGAAGAACAUUACACUCUUUUUAGAAAUUUUUCCAUGGUUUCUAUUCCUGUUCACCCCUAAAGGGUUUUGUACCCAAAGAGUUCAUUGUCAGUGGGGGCCUUAUGGUGAUUGGUCAGAGUGUGACGGCUGCACCAAAUUACAGACAAGAAGCCGAGCCAUGGCUGUCUAUGCACAGUUUGGAGGGAACCCCUGUGAUGGAGAGCGAACUGAGACCAGGUCCUGUGAAACCACACAAGGCUGCCCUCUAGAGGAUGGAUGUGGAGCCAGGUUUCGCUGUCGAUCGGGGAAGUGUAUUAGCCAGUCCCUGGUGUGUAACGGAGAUCAGGAUUGCGAGGAAGAUGGACAUGACGAACAUGCCUGUGACGUUUCAAAAUACAUUGUAUGUCAAAACUCAGUUCUCCCACCUAACAUUGAACUCCUAGGACUUGGGUAUGAUGUGGUGACAGGGAAGCGGAGGGCCAGUGUCAUCAACACAAAGAGCUUUGGGGGUCAGUGUCGCAUCAUCCACAGCGGUGUCCACAAUGCUCCGUUUCGACUGCCCCUUAGUACUAUCCAGUACAGCUUUAUGGUUAAAGCUCAGAAUGACUUCAGUGAUGAGAUGUUCACCAGUAAAUGGCACUAUGCAAAGGACAUUGUCAACAGACAGAAACUGUCUGGUACAACGACAGGAUAUCACAACUAUGACUUCCAUGAGACAGAUGACAAGACUCAGACCCACAAGCUUUUGGUUUUAGAGAAUGACAUAGAGGUAGCUCAGUUCCAGAAUAACUCUCCUCAGUACCUCCCAAUAUCUGAGGAGUUCUGGAAGGCACUGGCCAAACUCCCAUCUGUCUACGACUACUCUGCCUACAGGAAGGUUUUGGAGAGUUAUGGAACACACUACCUGUCUGAGGGAAGCCUCGGAGGCGUCUUCAGAACCGUUGCCAGGAUUGAUGAAGAAACUGAAAAACAGAUGGUUUCUGAAAGCCAGCAGACUGAAGAAUGUGUAAGGACUGUAAUAUGGAUUCUUAUAUUCCCCAUCUUCCCCAAAAAGGAUUGCAGGAAUGAUCAAAAUAGACACAUAGACAUACCCAGAGAUGAUACCAGGACAAAUAUUAUACAAGACGUGAAGGUGGAGGGAGGAGACAGCAAACAUAUUGCCGCACUGAAAUCCAUGCAGCUCAAUUAUCCAGACAAGAACUGGGAAAUGUACACAAACUGGGCUGAGUCUAUUAGAUCAUUUCCACAGGUCACAAAGCAAAAGCUGCGGCCGCUCUCGGAGCUGGUGAAGGAGGUUCCGUGCGCUGGGGUAAAGAGGCUCUACCUUCGCAGAGCCAUAGAGCAGUAUCUCGCUGAGAGUGACCCCUGCCAUUGUCAGCCCUGCAGCAACAAUGGCAUGGCUGUCAUGGGUGGAAAUGAAUGCAAAUGCAUUUGUAAGCCUGGCACAUCAGGACUGGCCUGUGAGCAGGGAACUGAAGCGGAGGGUCAGCAGGGGGUGAUCCAUGGUAGUUGGUCCUGCUGGUCUGCCUGGUCAUUAUGCUCUGGGGUUCGAAGGUCACGAAGUCGUUCCUGCUCGAAUCCCGCUCCUCAGAAUGGAGGACAAGCCUGUAUCGGAGAACCCACUGAGAUGUCUGACUGUGAAGACCAAGAGCUGCAAUACCUAAAAACCAUGGAGCCUCAGUGCUUUGACCAAACUCUCCCAGAGAGUCAGAAAUGUGGAACCCCGCCUGCUCUACGCAAUGGCUACAUCCUGGACCCUAAGGAUAUCUACCUUGUGGGUAGUAGGGUUGAGUACACCUGCACUGAAGGUUACUAUCUUGUUGGACACACCGUCCUCGAGUGUACCGCUGAUCAAACCUGGUCUGCCAGCCCUGGACUGUGCACAGUCUCAAAGUGCAGGAUUGAGUCCCUCGCUGAUGAUGUCAUAGCCUCUCCUUGGAAGCAGGCCUAUGAAAUAGGGGAGACAGUCACUUUGUCCUGUCCGGAGGGUAGACAGCUACUGGGAGAAGCAACAACUAUAUGUGACCCCAGUCUGAAUUUUUCACCAGACCCAGCAGAUGUUAAAUGCAGCCAAGUCAGUAUAUCACAACAAGACAUCACUCCCUCAGUCCAGUGUAAACUGUGGGAGAAGUCUUCCAGAGGAAAAUGCAUUUGCAGAUUGCCUUUUGAAUGCAGUUCUUCUUUGGAGUUGUGUGCCACUACCCCUGUAAGUAGUAGAAAAUCAGUCCUCCUGAGUGUGUGCAAAAUGCACGCACUGCAGUGUAUGGGGAAGAACUACACGAUAGCAGAAGACAGCACCUGCAAGUGGCCGCGGCGCAACACAACAGGCUGCACCAGCUGUCACAUGUGGGAGACCUGUGAAGAUCAAACCAAUGAGUGCAGCUGCAAGGACUCUGCAGAUUGCUUGGCCCCGGGACUAAAUGUAUGUGUCCGUGUUGGGGAGGAUGAAACUGCAGCCAAUCAGACCAUGAGUGAGUGUGAAGCAGGACUACGGCGAUGUAAAGGAGAAAAGGUGUCAGUUGUCAGUAUCCUUCCCUGCACUUCCUGAGGAUGCAGGGGGAGGGCUGACCUUAGCACCGCUCAGCUUCAUCUUCCUCUGCAACAGUCCGCAUAUUUUUGACUGAAUUAGUAUUGUUUCAAAUAUCACUAUUUAACGCACUGUAAAAGCACACUGUUAUGCACGUGUAAAACAAAAUAUAACUGUAUCUAAACAACAAAUAAAUAAUAAAGCACAUGCCAUGCUCAGUUCCUUUUCAUUAAUGUACUUUUUGUCUAGUCCAGUA